AUGUUUGGUGUUAAAGAAAUUCCAAACAAAUAUGUUACGAAGAGAUGGACGAAGGAUGUGGUGCCCAAUGAGUUAAAUGUGAAGUAUAAUCUAAAUAUUGGUGGUAAGGAUGUGCAACACAAGGCUAAACGGAUUGCUCGUGAAAUCAUCCACACAGGGGAGUAUUUGUCAAGGACAUGUAGCGUAUGCAAUGAAAAAGGUCAUGACAUUCGGACUUGCGGCGAGCUUAAAGCCAAACAACAAGGUAAACAGGGAAAAAAGAAGAUGAAGGGUGUCCAGAUUGAAGAUGGUUUGAGAGACAAAGACAAUGAGGGUGAAGACGACGAAGAGGAAGAUGACUUUGAAGAUUACAGUAGUGAUGAUGGAUCUGAAGAAGAAGAUCAGUGGGAAGAGGUGUCUGGAGAUGAAGAUGAUGAGGAUGAGUAA